AUGAAGCUGCUGCUGGGUUUGGUUGUUCUGGUGGCGACCCUGGGGGUCCUUUAUUCUGCCCCACAGGACCGACCCACUGGCAUCUCAGAGGACACCUUAAAGCAGUUGUCUCUGAAUGGGGAGAAGCUGGUGGACGAGGAGGUGAGCAGAGCUCUGUAUGGGGUGAAGCAGAUGAGGGAGGUGAUGUGGAGGAACGAGCAGAAGCAUGGACACCUCAUGAAGUCCCUCCGUCACAGCAGCGACAAGAAGAAGGGGGCAGAGCACCUGGCUCAGGAGGUGACGGAGAGGCUGCAGGAGGCAGAGAGGCAGUGUCAAGACUCCCUGCAGUCGGAGUACACGGCACAAAUCCAACAGGUGGCGCCCCAGAGCCAUGAACAGAACGCAUCCGUCACGGAGAGCAGAGUGGAGGUGAACAUCCUGAACUCUCCCCCACUUCCCCUCUCUGUUCCCGGGGAGCUGGAGCUGGGGGACCCGGCCUUUAUCCAGUACGUGGUCCAGGAGGCUCUGAACAAGUACAAGGAGUUGGGACGAGGAUGAAUGAAACCACUGUCUCCAUUUCUAAACUUCUGCAAGCACCUUCUUUGUGAAAAUAACAGCUUGGUGUCCUGUAUAGUCGCCAUAAUCUUGUUGCAAUGUAAAUUCUCAAGUUAAACCAUGGAAAUCAUAUUUAUUAAAUGGAAAAAGAAAAUGUACGUCAUACCUGUUGCCAAAUAGUGCACAUAAAUAAAAGGCGUGAAAUGCAGAUGUGUUCUCCCAGAGGAGUCCAGAGUGAUUUAUAAAUGUCUCUAUGCUUCCUGGGGGUCGAGUUGAAGUCGUUCGCUCGUCAAGAACAAAAAAAGGAGCUCAAGGAAACGAGUUGAGUAAACCUUUUAAUUUUUUUCUGUACAAAAUCAUAUUAGUUAGCAUUCUCAGUUAUUUCAAAAUCAUCUCCCCACUAGUUCAAGUCCCAUCUUGAGGAACAAUCACAUAUUAGGUUCUUGUAAGCGACACACAGAACAAACAAACAAAAAAAGUUCACAUCUUUGUCCAAUUAAGCUCACUUAUUGAAUGACAAUGAGAAGAUGCCUUCACACCUCCUCGGCUGUCCCGUACUGCUGGACCGACAGUGAAAGUACCUCCAACGACGCGUUAUCAGACUCGUAUUCUCUACAUCCCCGACGUGAAGCCGUUUGUUUUGUCUGGUUCUACUUACUUCACCCCAGAAGUGAUCCAUCAUCUCUACAACUGGGAAUGGAGAUAAGACGGGCAAAUACCGCCUCGCACUUUUAGUUCCAUGAAACGAUCACUGGUUGAUUUUGCAUAGUUGCAUUUACAAGUUAAAAUCAUAGUUUGUCGUUGUAAACUCAGAACUAAAGACACGUGUUAAGUCAUAGCGUGGUGGAAUAAAAGAAACCAACAGCUGCGUCUAUGAUUUACCUGAUGAUGUGAAUGUGUAAGAGAUGCCACAGAUUUCUAGACCAUCCGUCAGGUUCUGCAACGUUGAACCGUCGAUGUCGACAGAAUGUGCACCGAACAAAAGAAGAGAUGCUAUUUUCUUUUUCACAGCUGAAAUGUCAAAACAUUUAUAAAAUGUUAAACAGGAAAAAAAUGUUUACGCAUGUGUACAUUAGCAAAAUACCUCUUUAUGAUUUCAAGUCCCUGUUUAAAUAAAAUUUAAAAAAGAAGGAAAAAGUUUAAUAAAGCCGUCGUGAUUUGCCAUUCAAGUGACCGUAUUAAAUAUAAUGUGUAAGAUGUUUAACACGGUCUUCUCAUUCAUCCCCCUGCUCACACGUGCUAAAAAUACAUCUUUGUGCACAUUCUUUAUGUACAUCGGCAUCGACCCCCCGGUACAUUCGUCCAUCCACAAAGUACUCGUGUACUCCACCUCACACCUUCUCCAUCACCGCUAUACACACGCACACUUGACGACUCGAACACAUAACCCGUCAACUUACAGAUUCAACCGAAACUCGCGCAUACAAAAGAUCUCGACUGCAAUAUCAAAGAACUGUGUAAAA